CCCCUAACCUAACCUCCCCACCCCAAUAGGAUCCAGUGGAAGAAAAGUCAGGCAAACUCGAGCACGAACACACCACAAGGAGAUCAGAACUUCCAGCUGGCUCUCUGCUGCCACAGCUCCACCAAAGGGUGGGGGGAAUCAGAGGGAGCCUUGCCGGACACUAAACCCAGAGCUGAGAGGAGAGGCAGGUGGUACAGGUGCGUCCCUGGAUCAUGAGGUCAUCCCUCUGCUGGCUCCUCCCACUUCUCCUCAUCUUGGCCUCAGCGGCCCAAGGCCAGCCAACAAGACGACCAAGACCCAGACCAAGGCCCCGGCCAAGACCCAGACCCAGGCCGACACCCAGCUUUCCUGAUCCCCAUGAGCCAUCAGAGCCUACAGACCUGCCUCCUCCCCUCCCACCGGGCCCGCCAUCUGUCUUUCCUGACUGUCCCCGGGAGUGCUACUGCCCCUCUGAUUUCCCAUCUGCCCUCUACUGUGACAGCCGCAACCUUCGAAAGGUCCCUGUCAUCCCGUCCCGCAUCCAUUACCUCUAUCUCCAGAACAACUUCAUAACCGAGCUUCCGGUGGAGUCCUUCAAGAAUGCCACAGGCCUGAGGUGGAUCAACCUGGACAACAACCGCAUUCGCAAGGUGGACCAGAGGGUGUUGGAGAAACUGCCCAGCCUGGUGUUCCUCUACAUGGAAAAGAACCAGCUCGAAGAGGUGCCCUCAGCCCUGCCCCGGAACCUGGAGCAGCUGAGGCUGAGCCAGAACCAGAUCUCCAGAAUCCCGCCGGGCGUCUUCAGCAAGCUGGAGAACCUGCUGCUCUUAGAUCUCCAGCACAACAAGCUGAGCGACGGCGUCUUCAAACCCGACACCUUCCAGGGCCUCAAGAACCUCAUGCAGCUCAAUCUGGCCCACAACAUCUUAAGAAAGAUGCCGCCCAAGGUCCCCACGGCCAUUCACCAGCUCUACCUGGACAGCAACAAGAUCGAGACCAUCCCCAAUGGAUACUUCAAGGGUUUCCCCAACCUGGCCUUCAUUCGCCUCAACUACAACAAGCUUUCAGACAGGGGACUCCCCAAGAACUCCUUUAAUAUCUCCAACCUGCUCGUGCUCCACCUGUCACACAACAAGAUCAGCAACGUGCCUGCCAUCAACAACAAGCUGGAGCACCUGUACCUCAACAACAACAGCAUCGAGAAAAUCAACGGGACCCAGAUUUGCCCCACCGAUCUAGUCGCCUUCCACGACUUCUCCUCAGAUCUGGAGAACGUGCCACACCUCCGCUACCUGCGGCUGGAUGGGAACUACCUGAAGCCGCCCAUCCCACUGGACCUCAUGAUGUGCUUCCGCCUGCUGCAGUCCGUGGUCAUCUAGGCCUUCCUCUGCCCCUGGAGCCCCUCUGACCACACUUGACCCAGGCGCCCAUGCCCACCAUUUGUUUCCUCUGUCUCCUAUACUUGCUCCCACCUUUGCCUUUCUUAUCCCACCUUCCUGAGGCAGGGACAGGCCACAUACUCUGCUGCCCCUGCAGCUUCUAGAGCAAGACGUCUAAAGGCCGUAUUUGGUCCACGCAGCUCAAAGACACACACCACACACCCAAACUCCGGGCCCCAGAAGCAACGCUCUGUGUCUAGAGAUUUUAUCUUCUCUUCUCCCUCCUCCUCCCCUCAGCCUUCCUGGGUAAGUCUGGGCCAUGAACUGACAUCUGGAUCUUGGUCUUGGCCAGAGCAAGCAGAAGAUGGUCAGGGGCAGCCCCGAAGUGGGGUUUGGAAAGUUCUGCUGGAAAAUGCUCCAUCUUCCAAUAGUGCUGCUUCACUGCCCCAUUCACUGGCACCAGACAUCACACUGGCUCUCUGUCCACCUCUGUUCCCCAGAAAGGAAGGGCAAGGGAAUGGUUGAGGGAGGGCGGAGGGUCAGAGAUUCGCACAAGGGCCUGCAUCAGCUGUCUCAUCAUAGGGACCAGAUGGAGCCCUCCUUCUCAGCACACAGCUUCCUGGCUGGGACGCUCUACUCCAAGAGUAAGAGCAGGGAGGCACAGUCAAGGAGAAGAAUGGCUCAGAAAACUAGGAAUCAGCCAAUGGGGCCCUUAGGGGUGCAGAUGGGUCCUACAGCCCCCUUGGCCACUCUGGACAAGGGGCCCAAUGCCCUGGGGAACACAGUCUCCACAGUGGAGGGUAUGGAGCCUUCAAGCCCGACCUGCCAUCUGUUCUCUAUCAGUGGGAAUGGCCUGGUCCUUUCCAUUCCCCAGAAAAAUUCCUGAGAAACUGCUCAAGAAGGGGCAGAGCACCUGGAAAUCUCCCAGAAGCCUCUUCCACUUGUGCAGAUUAGCCUCGCCUCCUAAGACAAGACACAGCAGUGACACCUGGUGGCUGGUGCUGGUCAUGUCUCCCCCCCACCCCACCCCCCGCCACCCAUGCUCCUUCUCUUCUCUCUCUGGGAUGAUUUUCCAAGGUCAAGGAGUUGGCCUUGGGUUCCAACUUGAAGAGCCAUGGGCAACAUAUGCGGUCACUCUCUCCUUUGGGAUCUAAAGGGCACAAAGGUAUGGAGGCCCCCAGUUGGAAGUCCUGAGCCCCAUCUUGAGUCAGCACAAGUAGGAACCUUGAGGAACCCAGGUGAGGAUAUGAUUUGUUCCCAUUGGCUGCCUGACCUGCGGCCCUUUCUGCGCUCAGCUUCCAAUGGUAAACCAAGGAGGUGGAUCAAGUGCCCUUCCAAGGACACUUUCGCGCUCAUGUUCCUGCAUGCAGCUCCAUCUUUUAGACCAUGCUCUAUGCAGGACAAGCCCGAAAUAGCAUCCCUCUCUCCUGAAAUAAUUUAUUCCCUAUAUGGACCGUCCUUCCCUCAAAGUGCCCAUCCUCCCUGCCUGGCCCAGAUAAGCAGGGUGACAGGCCUCCAAGGGGAGCCUGGGCGCCACAAGGCUGACUCGCCUUCACCUUCCCCUUAACUUCCCCUAGGGCAUGCUGCCCCUCUACAGUCCCUUCAGUGUAUGUUGGGGGUGGGGGGGAGGAAUAAUCUAGAAAUAAGUAGGACACAGUGCCUACUCUCAAGUUUGGUUGAGCCAAGUUCCAGAGAGUUUAAAGAAACUAGGUCCCAAGGUCAAGAAAUUCCCAUUAUAGUCUUUUUUCUUUUCACUCUUCUCUGCUAAUUUACAGAAAAUGGGGCCCAUUUCAUCUCCUUCCCCCAUGCUCCCAUACAACUGGUUCAUUCUUCCUAGCUGCAGCUGGUUUCUCCAAGGCUCCUGCUUAAAGUCAAUAUAUUAUUGUGGCUGUAAGCAAUCUGGUGCUAUGGCCUGGAUAAGCCCCCCUUCUGCACCUUAUUCCUUCCUUGCGCCCUCAGCCCUUCUGGGCAGCACAACUCCCAGGGCUCCUGCUUCUGCAAACCUGAACUGUUUUGUUUUGGCAGCAUUACAUUCAUCAUCAUCCCAUUGCCCCAUCUGGAAGAUGCCUGCUUCCUCCCCUGCUGCCUGCAGCUGUAAACCAGAGGAUAUUAAACUAGUUUUACAGCCACACACACACACACACACACACACACACACACACACACUUGUGGUCAUUUCCCUUGGGAUUAAGGAAGCCCCCUCCUCCCCACACACAAAUUCAUUCCCUCAGUGCUGUUGGCAUAUGCAUACACAGAUGUGUAAGUAGGUGUGCAUGUGUACUCUGUACAUAUAGCUAUUCUUUCCUGAAGACCAUGCUAACUUUAUGAAACUACUUUCACAUUCCAAUGUGCUUCACAGCAGAGGAAAUAAAGUGAUAUGAAAAAUA